AUGUUCCCACAGGUAAGCUUUGAUGAUAUUCGGCAAUUAAACUACUCAGGUCCUAUUGAUACUCAGAGACCGCCUACCAGGGUUGCUAGUGUACAAAUAAUUGUUUCAUUGGUCUUGGGGUUCUCGGCGUUCUUGUUAUUUUCGAUAUUACGGCUCAGAUAUCCAAAGAUAUAUGUCGCUAAUUUCAACCACUUGAAUAGUAACUACGUACAUAGUUCGUCAAGGCAAAAUUUGCCAAAGUUGCCUUCAAGAUCGCUAUUUGGGUGGAUUCCUAUUUUGCUCAGGAUUAACGAGCAACAAGUGUUGGAUCAUGCUGGAUUAGAUGCUGUUGUAUUUCUUGGAUUUUUUAAAAUGUGCAUCAAGCUAUUGGCGGUGUGUGCAAUUUUUGCCGUUACUGUUAUCUCACCUAUACGAUAUAAGUUUACGGGUAAAUUGGAUCAGGACGAUCCUGAUGAUGAAUUAGAUGAUAAUUUCAAGAUAUUCAAAAAGAAAAAACAAAGAUACGAGCUCUUCUUGUGGUCGUACACAGUAUUCACAUACGUUUUCACUUUCAUCGUGAGUUACUUCUUGUUUCAGCAAACAGUAAAAAUUAUUGAGAUGAGACAGAAGUAUUUAGGUAAACAAAAGUCUAUCACCGAUAGAACAAUCAAGCUUUCGGGAAUUCCUCCCAUGUUACGAGAUGAAGAAGAUUUGAAAAGGCAUGUUGAGAGCUUAAACAUAGGGGAAGUAGAUUCUAUUGUCAUUGUGAAGGAAUGGAAUGAAUUGAAUAAGCUAUUCCAGUUGAGAAAGAAAAUCUUAAGAAAGGCUGAAGUUUAUUGGGUUGCAUAUUUUGAAGCUAAUGGAAUUAAAAAUAAGAAUGAUAUUUUAUGCAGCAACUUACAUCCAAAUCUAGGGGACCUGUUUAAUAUGAAUUCUACUGCUACCUAUCAUGAUAGAGAAGAGGAACCUACUUUUUCAGAACAGUCUUCUGAAAGAGUAGUCGAAGAACCAGUUGGAGCAACCGAAUCGAGACGUUCAAGCAUAAUAGAACAAAUAACAGAUCGCAUCGAUCAAGAAAAUAUGGAUGAAUCUAUAGGUCAAUUACCUCUUUUAGAUGAUGAAUUGCACAGUCGCCCUAAAAUAAGAAAUGGGUUAUUUGGAUUGUUUGGGCCUCGUCUGGAUGCCAUUAACUAUUGCACCCAACAAUUGGAAGUCAUAGAUAAGGAAAUUACCAGAGCGAGACAAAGGGACUACCCAGCAACAUCGACAGCAUUUAUUACAAUGAAAUCAGUUAGUCAAGCACAAAUGGUUGCGCAGGCUGUAUUGGAUCCUAAGAUUAAUCAUUUGAUUACUAAUUUGGCACCAGCACCACAUGAUAUUAUAUGGGAUCACUUGUGUUUAACUAGAAAAGAACGUAAUUUUAGAAUAUUCUUUGUCACCUUAUUUAUUGGGAUCUUCAGUCUUAUUUUAGUCAUUCCAGUUAGAUACCUUGCACAAUUCCUUAGCCUCAAAUCAAUUUCAAAGGUAUGGCCAUCAUUAGGUAAGUUUUUGGAAAAUAAUAAAUUAGCUGAAACAUUGGUUACAACUUUAUUACCAACUUAUCUCUUUACAAUCCUCAAUAUAAUCAUGCCAUACUUCUAUAUUUGGAUAUCAUCCAUACAAGGCUACACAUCUCAUAGUGAUGAAGAGUUAUCUGCCGUUUCAAAGAAUUUUUUCUAUAUUUUUGUUAAUUUAUUCUUGGUUUUCACAAUGGCAGGUACCGCUUCAUUAAGUGAUACCACAAAGAUUGCAUAUCAAUUAGCUCAAUCAUUAAGAAAGCUUUCCUUGUUUUACGUUGAUUUAAUAAUUUUGCAGGGGUUGGGUAUAUUUCCUUACAAAUUAUUAUCUUUGGGAAAUCUAUUCAAGUUUUCUAUCGGAGCAUUAUUUUGGUGUAAAACCCCGAGAGACUACUUAAACUUAUACAAACCGCCUGUAUUCAAUUUUGGAUUACAAUUGCCCCAACCAAUAUUGAUUUUAAUCAUUACGAUUGUAUAUUCAGUCAUGUCUACCAAAAUCUUAACGGCGGGUUUGGUUUAUUUCAUAAUUGGCUAUUUUGUUUUCAAGUACCAAUUACUUUACGCAUGUGUUCAUCCUCCACAUUCCACAGGAAAAGUUUGGCCUUUAGUGUUUAGAAGAAUAAUAUUGGGUUUACUAAUUUUCCAAUUAACCAUGGCGGGAACCUUGGCAUUACAAAAAGCAUACAUAUGUGCAUCAUUUUUAGCUCCAUUACCAAUAUUGACUUUAGCAUGCUUGUGGAACUUCCAACAGAAUUACAUUCCGUUGUCUAUAUUUAUUGCGUUAAGAUCAAUUGAUAAUGAUGAAGUAUCUUAUCAAGAUGAAGAUAACGGAGAAUCAACAAGCGCAUCUUCACAAACUAUGGAUUCAAAUUUUAAAACUUUAGAUGAAAGACGAGAAUUAAACAAGACAUACGAAUAUCCUCAUCUAAUUGACAAUUUAGAUGGCCCCUUAAUUGCGAUUGAUGGGACUGAAAUAUUGUUAGUAAAUAAUGAUGGAAUGACAGUGAGAAAGGCUAAAGAUUUUGAGGAAUGGGAUUAA